GAAAAUACAAAGGGAGGCUGGCCCCUGAGGGAAAAGAUUAGGAAGGAGGGACGGGAAGGGAGGGAGAGAUGGGAGGCAGUGGGGGUCAGGGAGAAGUGUGAAUUGUCGACCGAAGAAGAGACGGAGGAAUCCCGUCCCGCCCGAGGAAGUGGGGGAAGAGGAACUGGAAGCGGAGAAACGAAGAAAACUGGGAAGGUAGGGAGGGACGAACGAAGGGGAUUUCGGCGGAGGAGAGUGUAGGGGAGCAACCGGAGAACAAAAGAAAGAAAGCAAAGAGGGAAGCAGCGCAGGGCUGGAGGAGGUGAGACGAUGAGGAGGAUAGAAGGAAAGGUCCAUCUAAAUUUUUGAAAUUGAUGAAUCAAACGACGCAUCGUCAACAUCGUGCCAAGGCCUUGGAAGUGAGGUCAAAAAUUCCGAAGAGACGGGUCUGAGAGAGACAGAGAGAUAGAGAGGGAGAUUGGGCCGCGAUGUUCACUUUGAACGAAAUCUGGCACGGGCAGGAUCCUUCGGCGGAUUUUUGUAUAUAUCGAUCGAUUUGCAAUAUAAUGUGAGAUUUUUUUUUUCUCUCUGUUUCUUGUGGGAGAAUCAGGACUGAAGCAGGAUGGCAGUGUUAGCCUUGGAGUGCAAGUAUGUGACGGAAGAGUACGUGAAGGAGUGGAAGAGUAAUAACAGCGCUCGUAAGCUAUCCAUAGAAGUUCCACCUGCCCGCUUCGUGUACGAGCUCUGCUGGACUGUGAUAAGAGGGGAACUACCACAGUCGAAAUGUCGGCUGGCUUUGGAUGCAGUAGGGCUCACAGAUCACGCAGCGAAGGAGGAUACUUCUUCAGUUCUCGCAGACACUAUUGCCCACAUGGGACAAGAGCUUACACUCCCCGGAGAAUCUCGAACCCGUCUAAUAGAACUCGCAAAAUUGCUGGUGCAAAUAGACCUUGUACCAAUGAGACUCCUACAAGAACGUUGCGAGGCAGAAUUCUUGUGGGAAGCGGAAAUGAUCAGGAUCAAGGCAAAUGAGUUAAAAUCGAAAGAGGUCAGGGUAAACACAAGACUUCUUUAUCAACAAACCAAAUUCAAUUUGUUGCGGGAAGAAAGCGAGGGAUAUGCGAAGCUGUUGACUCUUCUCUGUCAACGAGGACCUGACGGUUUGACAAAGCAAACUUCUACGGCAGUUGUGAGCACAAUCAAGUCUCUGAUUGGACAUUUCGAUCUAGAUCCGAAUCGCGUCUUCGACAUAGUUCUUGAAUGUUUUGAGUUGCAGCCUGAUAAUUCCGCAUUUUUGGAGCUUAUACCUCUUUUCCCAAAGUCACAUACAUCACACAUUCUUGGUUUCAAGUUUCAAUACUAUCAGCGCACCGAGGUCGAAGAUCCAGUCCCGACUGGUUUGUACAGAUUAGCAGCGACUCUUAUAAAGGAAGACUUUAUCGACCUCGAUAGCAUUUACGCGCACCUUUUGCCGAAGGAUGAAGAUGCAUUGGAGCAGUAUGAAGAAAUAUCAAAGAGACGAAUAGACGAGGCAAACAAGAUUGGCAAAAUAAAUCUUGCUGCCACUGGAAAAGACUUGAUGGAAGAAGAAAAGCCUGGUGAUGUUACCAUCUACCUGUACGCUGCUUUGGAUAUGGAGACCGAAGCAGUCGCCGAACGUUCCAAAGAAUUGUUUACGAAUCAAAAACUGGGACUUUUGAAUGGAUUUCUUGUGGUUGACGAUUGGGCACAUGCUCACAUUCUCUUUGAACGCCUGGCUGCAUUGAACCCCGUCGCCCACCCACAAAUUUGUGAGGGUUUAUCCAGGGCUAUCGAGAAGGCAAUUGCUCCUUAUUAUGCAACUGUCAGACCAGGGUAUUUGUCGAAGUUAAAUUCUCGCGGGAAGGUCCAUGAAGCCGGGCCAAUUAGCGUAGACCCUAAAUUACUAACAAUGGGGUCAGCCUCGACAGCUUCAGAGCUCCAAAAAGAGUUCUUUCAAAUGCUUUCUUGUAUUGGUCCUUAUCUUCAUCGCGAUGUGUUGCUUCUACAGAAGGUUUGUCGAGUUUUGAAAGGCUACUACUCAUCUGCCCUGGCCGUAGUUAGUUCAAGUUCAAAUUCUCACGAUCCACAGGACCUCGACCGGAAAGAUGCGAAACUUGCCCUGAAGGAAGCCCGAUUUCGAGUGGAAGAAGCUUUGGGCUCAUGUCUGUUGCCUUCACUGCAGCUUCUUCCCGCCAAUCCAGCUGUUGGUAUAGAAAUAUGGGAUGUUAUGAGUCUAUUGCCAUACGAGGCACGAUAUCGUCUGUACGGUGAGUGGGAAAAGGAAGAUGAGCGGAUCCCGAUGGUCUUGGCAGCUCGUCAAACCGCAAAGCUAGACACAAGGCGCAUUUUGAAAAGGCUUGCGAAGGAGAACUUGAAGCAAUUAGGAAGGAUGGUGGCCAAGAUUGCACACGCUAACCCUAUGACUGUCCUUCGGACGAUCGUACACCAGAUUGAAGCAUAUAAGGAUAUGAUUGCACCUGUGGUGGAUGCUUUUAAGUACCUUACUCAACUGGAAUACGAUGUUUUAGAGUAUGUUGUGAUAGAGAGGCUGGCGCAAGGGGGCCGUGAAAAGCUGAAAGAGGAUGGACUUAAUGUGUCUGAUUGGUUACAGUCCCUUGCCUCUUUUUGGGGUCACCUAUGUAAAAAAUAUCCUUCAAUGGAGUUAAGAGGUCUUUUUCAAUACCUGGUAAAUCAGCUCAAGAAAGGGGAAGGAAUAGAGCUUGUACUUUUACAGGAAUUGAUACAGCAAAUGGCGAGUGUGGAGUAUACUGAAAACGUCACGGAGGAUCAGCUAGAGGCAAUGGCUGGAGGAGAGACUAUGCGCUUUCAAGCCACUGCAUUCGGCGUAACGAGGAAUAACAAGGCACUUAUGAAGUCGACAAACCGCUUGCGUGAUUCUUUAUUCUCCAAAGAUGAACCGAAGCUUGCGGUUCCCUUACUGCUCCUAAUUGCUCAACAGAGAACAAAUGUGGUGGUCAAUGCAAAUGCUCCUUACAUAAAGCUGGUUAGUGAGCAGUUCGACAGGUGUCAUGGCACUCUGCUCCAGUAUGUGGAAUUUCUUACCAGUGCCGUUUCGCCAGUUUCAGCGUAUGCACAGCUCAUUCCUCCACUGGAUGACCUUGUGCACAAGUACCACAUUGAACCAGAGGUAGCUUUUUUGAUAUACAGACCAGUGAUGCGGUUGUUUAAGCCCCAUAAGGGCUCCUCAACGUCGUGGCCGGCCGACACUUACAAAAGUCUUGUGCAAGUAGAUGGCAGUAAGGACAGUGGAGCAUCCAAGAUAUCGGUUGAUCUGGUGCUAGACUUGGGACCAAAUCGGAAAUCCCUGAGCUGGUCAGAUCUUCUGCAGACCGUGCAGACCAUCUUACCGCAGAAGGCAUGGCAGUCUCUUUCUCCGGAACUUUAUGCCACCUUUUGGGGGCUGACUUUACAUGAUCUAUACGUUCCGAAAAAGAGAUACGAAACAGAAAUGGCAAAACAGCGUGCAGCAUUGAAGAUUCUUGAAGAGAAUUCAGAUAGCUCACAUGCAGCCGUGGCGAAACGGAAGAAAGACAAGGAGAAGAUUCAAGAGAUUCUUGAUCGUCUAUCUGCUGAAAUGCAGAAACAAGAGCAAAACGUGACGACUGUCCAUCAGCGCUUAGUGAGGGAGAAAGACUCAUGGCUUACCUCAUGUCCAGACUUUCUCAAAACCAAUAUGGAGUUUUUGCAGAGAUGCAUUUUUCCAAGGUGUGUUUUCAGCAUGAUGGAUGCAGUGUACUGCGCUCGAUUUGUACACACAUUGCACUCCCUCGGAACCCCCUACUUCAACACCGUCAACCAUAUUGAUGUUCUGAUUUGUAAAACGUUACAACCCAUGAUAUCGUGCUGCACGGAGUAUGAAGCUGGUAGGCUUGGAAGGUUUCUGUGCGAAACUUUGAAAAUGGCAUACCACUGGAAGAAUGAGGAGUCAACAUAUGAACGGGAAUGCGGAAACAUGCCAGGUUUUGCCGUUCUUUACAGGGAUCCGAACAGUGCACGGGUGACCUUUCAGCAGUUUGUUCGGCAGAUUCACUGGAAAUGGAGUUCACGUCUGACAAAGUUAUUGGUUCAGUGCCUCGAAUCAUCUGACUACAUGGAGAUCCGGAAUGCCCUUACAGUUCUUACCAAACUGUCGAGUGUAUUUCCUGUUACCAAGAAGAGUGGAAUCAACCUUGAGAAAAGAGUCAGCAAGAUUAAAAGCGAUGAGAGGGAGGAUCUUAAAGUUCUAGCUAUUGGCGUAGCUGCCGCCUUGGCGCAUCGAAAGAAUUCGUGGGUAUCAGACGAUGAUUUUACAAUGGGUCUUCUCGAUAUUAGACCCCCGUCAUCCCCAGCAAAGGCUGCAGUUGGUGCCACGUCUUCUGGACUCGUCAACUCAGCUGCUGCGUCAGAGCCUUCAUCUACUGUAACUGUUGGAAAAAGCUCUGGGAAUCCCUCGGUGGACGCUGCAAUGGGUACUGAUAUGCCCAAUCCACCAAUAUUGCCACCAAUUCAAGCUGCAUCAGUUCCUGCUGUCGUGCGCCACGAAAACACCAGUGCACCACCAGUUAAGAGUGAGCAGCCUCGGGGACCCUCACCUGCUUCAAAGCCUUCUACUCAUAACUCAGUUUCUGAAGCAAAACCAGCAGUUGUGCAUCUAACAAGUGCUCCUCAAGCAUCUACGAGGACUUCCACAACUGCUCCAGGCAGAAACGGACCAGAAGUAGCUGCCCGCGCUGCUUCUGGACAUGUUGCGACCACAGGUGUGAAGGUGGAGGAACCUUCAACAAAGCAACCAGCGAAAUCUGUCACUGCUGACGCAGAGGCUGCGCGACCACCCAGGCGUCCCAGUCUGUCAGGCCCAGCAGGAACUGGUAGUGUUUCUAGCAGAUCUGCUAAAUCUGAAAGCCAAAGGGAUGAUACUACUCGUGCGGCACCAAGCAGCACGUCUGUACAAACCUCAGAGGCCUCUCGUGGCAAUGAGAACUCAGGAUCACGACAACGGCCGUCAAGUGCUGGCACCUCCAGUGUUGUGACAAAUGGUAGUGCUGGAACUACGCCUGCAAAAUCUUCCUCUGGUCGUGGGGUGGAACGUAGUUCCCAGGAGAGGGCGCGGACUUCGGGUGAUGCCUCGACCGUGAGGACAGAUUCUGGUCUGAAGAUGGAUUUAAGUGGUAUUAAGGUCUCUGAUACAAAGGGAAGUACAGAUAGAGAGCGGGAGCGGGAAAGGUCCGAGGUACAGGACGUGGUCGUUAGUCAGCAAUAUCGACCACCUUCAAAGUCUCCACGUCAAGAAGAUAACUCGGUGACUACGAAAAUUGUAGAAGAUUCAAGCAGCAAAGAGAGGCAAGGCAAAAGGACAGUUGGAUCUGAAGAAACAGUGGACAGGUUGAACAAGAGGAGGAAAAGUGAUGGGAUAGAGAAAACAUCUGAAGUUGGUGAGCCGCGAACGUCUGAACGCAGUGAUAGAGUUGAACAGAGGCCUGCUGAACGACCAAGAUCUGUAGAGCAUGACAGAGUAGGAUAUGAUGAUCGGCCCUUUGAGAGGCCCGGUGAAAGGUCAGAUCGAGGUAAGGAAAGAGGAGGGGAGAGGGUGGAUCGGGAGUACCGUGUAGCAGAACGAAUGAUGGAAAGAUCAGAGCGGGAGCGUGGAGAAGAGCAUACAGGUGAUAGGUUUAGAGAUAGGUCGAUUGAGAAGUUCACUAGGGAAAGAUCUGUAGAUAGAGGGUCUGAUAGAGUAAUGGAUAGGAAUUUUGACCGAGCUCCAGACAGGAUCAGGGAUGAUCGAGGCAAGGAUGAUCGUGGGAGACCGAGAUAUGUGGAUCCGCAGCCCGCAGAACCGCAACCUCAUCCUGAUGAUCGAUUUCCAAUGCAGAAUCUCCCACCCCCACCGCCACUGCCACCAAAUCUUGUACCUCUGACUGUUCACCCAGCACGAAGGGAAGAAGAAGUAGAUCGUAGAGGAAGGAAUCCUCCACGGCAGACGUCGUCACCCCGACGAGAAGAGAAGAAUGAGAAGAGGAGAACAGAAGAUGUAAAUUUGAUAUCUAUCGAGGAUCCCAAGAGAAGACGCGACGAAGAACUAAGAGAUCGCAAACGAGAAGAACGGGAUCUGCUUCAAUUGAAGGUAGAGAAAGAGAAAGAGCGUGAAAAGGAAAAAGCCUUUUUAGCUAAGGAAGAGGGAGAAGGUAGUGCCGCCUUAUCUAAGCGCAGGAGGUUAAAGCGCGACCAUAUUCCGUCGGCGGAACUCCAAGCUAAUUUUGGCCCUUCUCCACCACCUCCUGGGGUAAACGCUCAAGUUUAUGAAGGGCGAGAACGCGAUCGCAAAGUGGUUGCACGAAACGUCUACGUUGAAGAAGGCCCUUACGACAAUAAGGGUCCAGGUGGAGGAGUUGGAGGUGGCGGAGGAGGUGGAGGUCGGAUGCAUGGGAAGGAGACGAAAAUAGCUCGCCGGGAACACGAUCAAAUUUAUGAACGUGAGUGGGAGGAUGACAAACGACAGAGGGGAGAUAUGAAGCGACAUUCACAUUCCAGGAGGAAGUAGAACCAUUCUUGCUGUUGGGAGUCGUUCGUUUUUGUGUUAUUUUGGAAAGUGCAGGAACGGUGACUAGAUUUCUCGCCACUCUACAGAUGGCGGAUUAAGUUUCGCAUGUUCAUCGAACGGAUGGUCUUCGACCGUUUAGUAAAUGCAUGCCUAGCCUGUGAUGGAGGAAGUAUAAGUACCUGAGACGGAUCCUGAAACUGCAGUUCACAUACAGAUUGAGUUCAUAAUGCUACCUUUCAUUGCGUCAAAGGUAUGUGGUGGUCAUUGGCUAGCUCGACCAUCUAUACCCUCCUCUUUUGUGGAGCUUGUCUCAUAUAGGAAUGUCAUCUCUUGACAUCCCUAUGUCACCACUAUCAGGUUUCAACUUUUUGCGUAGUGUUAGGGAUCCCUUAGGGGUACUUGGCUCAGUUGAGAUCUAACCACGGACUAAGAAUAUGUACUUUAAUAUUCCAUCCCAUUGGGUUCCUUGAGUGCCAGAGGAAUUAUCUUGCAUGCUGGUAGAGAGGUCGCAGUUACCUCCCAACCAUUAGGUUAUGUAACAUAGAGUUAUCAUUUCAUUGUUGAGAAGUGGGGUGGAGCCGCUGUGCUUUCCCACUUGGAUAACACACAUUUAUCACCUUCUGCCACGAGAUGAUUGCGAUGGCAUCAAUUUUCUACAUCGGAUUUUUCAGUGGUAGGAGAAGCAGUGUCUUAGUUUUACCUUGAUUGCAAUGUCUGUUGUAUUUGUUUGAUUCUUUUCAUUGUUUGUGUCUAAUUGAACCUCCUGUACAACUGUGUGAGCUUGCUGUUGAUUGACGCUGAUGUAACGUGACUGAUCUUGAUGUGAACUUUCUUAUAUACACGAGGUCUGUCUAUUCGCUCAGAGACCACAGGACUGUGACUUGCGUGGUUUUGUGGCCUCUUGGAAAGAAAAAUACUGUGAUAGCAAAUCUGAAGUUCCCGAACCGAACGUAAACUCC